GUGCGGAGGGCGGUAGAUGUCCAGCGGAAGUGAGGCUCGGCUGUCCGCUUGCCGGCGCCAUGAGGCUGUCGCGGCUGAAGCUCCGCUCGGUUUUUGUCGUCUAUUUCUUGGUGUCGGUUUUGGGCCUAAUGUACGCGCUGCUGCAGCUUGGUCAGCCAUGUGACUGCACGCCACAAAUGAAGUCUGCAAACGAUCUGGUUAGGCAGAAGGAUCAGAAACUGCUGCAUCUCCAGGCCGAGGUGAAGAAAUUGCAGAGGCAGCUGAAAGCAGAGGAGAUGGCAGCAGACGGACAGCCUCUGCCAACCAUUUAUGCCAUCACUCCAACAUACACCAGAUUGGUGCAGAAAGCUGAGCUGGUCCGUCUCGCCCAGACCUUCCUUCAUGUGAAGAAGUUCCACUGGAUUGUCGUGGAAGAUGCUGCCAAUCGUUCCAAACUGGUGGCUGACCUCCUGGCACAGAGUGGCUUGUCCUACACCCACCUCAGCCUGCCAACACCCACCAUCUACAAGCUGAAGGAGAGUGAUCCCAACUGGUUGAAGCCCCGCGGUGUGGAACAAAGGAAUUUGGGCAUCCAGUGGCUGCGGGAAAACAGGGAGCUCAGCGAGGAGGCUGUCGUCUACUUUGCAGAUGAUGACAACACCUACAGUUUGAAGUUGUUUGAUGAGAUGCGCUGGACAAAACAUGUUUCUGUUUGGCCAGUGGGUCUCGUUGGGGGCUUACGUUUCGAGAGUCCGCUGGUGGAGAAUGGGAAGGUGGUUGGAUUUUACACGGCCUGGAAACCGAACCGUCCUUUCCCCAUGGACAUGGCAGGGUUUGCUGUGGCCUUACAGCUGCUUCUGGCUAACCGUGAGGCCAGGUUCGACAUCAAUGCAGAGCGUGGUUACCUUGAAAGCAGUCUGCUGCAAUCGCUGGUCUCCAUUGAGGAGCUUGAACCCAAGGCAGAUAACUGUAACACGGUCCUGGUCUGGCACACACGCACUGAGAAGCCAAAGAUGAAGCAGGAGGACGUGCUUCAGAAAGAGGGGAAAGGAUCAGAUGCCCGCAUCGAGGUCUGAGCUGGACAGACAAGAGCUGGACAGAUAGGAAGGAGAGCCUUACUUUAUUGACCACCCAAGUGCUGGGUGGGGGGGAUGGCGUGAUGGCCUGCAUGAUAUGUACAGGGAGCUACACUGCAUCCUGUUUUAAACAGUGUAACAGGAGAAAGCAUGGGGUUUAGAAGGAGCAGAGAUUCCAGCAAUUGACACCAGGUAUAACACCAAACACAAAAGAUUUUCAGCACAAACCCAUCUUCAUCAUUUAUCUUUCAAUGUUCUUUGAAAAAUACUCUCUGUCUUAAACUCUGUGUUUAAACAGAGCCUCACUGUAAUGACUGGGUGAUUUUGCCAUACCAUCUUGCUGUGUUUCCUCUGUGAACUGAGUUUGGAGUGUGUUCAUUGCACAAAUCUGCUCGGUAGCUCUGCUUGGAGCUGUCACUUGGAGUUCAGGAUGACCAGCUUGUGAUAGUAGGAGGUUGGGGUCAAUAACUGCGCCAUCAACAGCAAGUCAGAGGGAACUUUAUUCUGCGUCUAAUCCGGACUGGCUUAGUGAUGACACAAAAGUGUCUCCCUUUCCUCAGUGCUGAGCUGUUUUGUGUUCAAAAACAUCUUUUUAAUGAUUUCUUCUUUGCCCCAGUUGCAGGGGGAGUAGUCUCUUGUUCAUGGACGAGAAAGCUAGUGGUUUCCAAUGGAGUGUUAGGAGCAAGACUCACCUCAGCAAAUGGUACGGCUAAUUAAGAAUCCAAAAUAUAAAGGGUAGAAAUUGCUUAGUUGAAAUUUAAUGGUUAGCAAAAUAUUUUGAAAAGUAUGUCCUGCCUUUAAAUGCUGCUGCUUGGGAAUAUGUCUGUAUUUAUUGAUUUGUGAUCUGGUCAUUUUUUUGUUUUCCCUUUUCUCCUCCUCAUCCUUACCUCUCAACACCCCACCCUAUCCUGGGAUGUUGGGAAUUAAUUGAAACUUCGCAGACCUAAGAUCAGUAGGUUUUACAGAAGCCCUGUUCAGGGAUAUGGAUUUGACCUGAUUGAAUGGUGGAGGAAGCUUAAGGGACUGAAUGGCCUCAUACUGUCCCUGUUUCUCCAACCUUCAAGACUUUCUCGCUGACCAGGAUAAGCUGAGUUGAACACUGCUGUGCCUUCUGGCUCAGCAUCCAGCUGCUGCUGAUCAUAUGAUCCAUGGUUGUCCUGCAAUCACUGUGCCUAGUGCCAAAUGAAGCCCAAGUCCCCACUACUAAAUAGAUGCCCUCCCAACGAUAUGUUUCUGCUCAGUUGAGCAGCUUGCCCUCUGACCUGGAUGUCAGGUCAAACAUGAAGUUCUGUUAAAGUCACCCUUGUUUUAUUCCUCCUUGGAAUGGGGUGUCAUUAGCUAGUCCAGUGCUUGUUACCCAUUUAUAAUUGUCCAAAAGACAAUUGAGUGUCAACCACAUUGCUGUCUCUCUAGAGUAGGCCAGACCAGGUAAGGACAGGAGUGACCCAGAUGGACAAUUGACAGAAGUUACGCAAUCGCUAUUAGCAUAGCUUUUCACCCUACAUUUUUAUUGAACUCAAAUUUCACCAUCUACCAAAGUGGUAUUCAAAUCUGUGUCCCAAGAAUGUUAACACUGCUGCCUCCUAUUAACUCUAUUGCUCGAUCAUCCCCAGAUGACAGAUGGGAGGCUGAAUCUAUAUUUUCCUGUACACUGUGCCAAUUUGUAUUGUCAGCUUGUUCCAUCUGAUCCCCACACUCUUGCUGUCACAUAGUGUCAGAGAGUUUGGCCUGUAGCUCAGUGGAACCAUUCCUUUGGCUGCGUGUCUCUCUCUGACCAUCCACUUUCUUAGCUAUAAUGUCGAAGCUCGAAACAAUUCCCAGUCUCAGUCGUGAAGUGCUAUAUCAAGUGGACCCUUCCUGUUCCCAGUUCCACCAACCUCACUAUUUGUUCUGAUUGAAUGUUCAUGCUCCUAUUUCCCAUUCAGAUUCAUUCAGACAGCUCCAAUUCUACUGUGAGCUGCUUUCUCUGUUACAAGGGACAUUCCAAGUCCCCAGAUCAAGAGGUUGAUGGUUCCACAUGGCUGCUGCCAUCAGUGUGGUGGUGGUGACGUCGUAACACUUUGUUGCUUUAAGUUUUUCAGACUCUGGGUGAUUAUUGAGAGACCAUUGCAAUGAAAGGAAGCUGCUAAAUAUAUUUAACACUAAUCAGUUUACUAAGGUGGCUUGUAAACAGACUCCUGGAUUGUCACUUCCUGAAAUGGGAUGUGCGGUGAAAGCACUGUGAAUUAUGAGCCACCCCCUCAGCUGUUUCUGUUGUUUGCCUCUUGAACAUUUUGUAUUUGGCUGCAUUUAGUGUUGCACUGCCAAAGGCUUCCUAUAGGAAUGAGCUACUUGAGUAGUUUCAGAUCCAUGAGACCUUUAACCCCUUGGGCCACACCCUCUAUUGUUUAUUGUUUCGGUAAUUAAUGUCAGAUAAUAUAUUCAAUGUAUGUAUAAGGGCUGAGGGUGUGGUGGAGGCAUAAGACUAAUUGGGUAGUUCUUUCAAAGAGCUGGUGCGAGUGCUAUAGGCUGAUUAACCUCGCCCCUUCUCUCCUCUCCCCUCCCCAUGUUGUAAUAUUCUGUGAUUUUAUGUGUGUGUGUUGUAUUGGGUUAUGAGGUUUUCUGGGCUUUUCAUCGCAUCAUCUGUGACUGUCCUUUUUUCACAUCACCGGAAAGGAAGUGUGGGUUUGCAGCAACUGGAGUGCAUUCUGUAAAGGUAAAAACAAGGACUGCAGAUGCUGGAAACCAGAUUCUAGAUUAGAGUGGUCCUGAUGAAGGGCUUUUGCCCGAAACGUCAAUUUUACUGCUCCUCGGAUGUUGCCUGAACUGCUGUGCUUUUCCAGCACCACUCUAAUCUAGAAUAUGCAUUCUGUAAAUGUGCAGUAUUCUUUGUGGAAGGGAUGAUAAGUGCAUGCAUGUAAAUUUGUACAGCAGCUUUCAACACGUCCUCAAGUGCUUCACAGCUAAUGUCGUAGUUUUGAAGUCUGGUCACUGAUGGAGGAAAUAUGGCAGCCAGUUUGAUCGCAGCAAGCUCCUGCAAAUAUGAUGUUGGCAAGAUUAUAUUUAUGACAUUGGUUGAGGCCCAUCUCAUCUGAAAGGCUGCAGGACCCUCACCAACAGUGCAGCAUUUACUCAGUCCUGGAACUGGGGAGUGUGGGUCUGAAAUAUGUGAUCAGGUCUCUGCAGUGGGACAGGAACCCACAUCUUCCAGAGGCUGAGAUAUUCUCAGAGCCAUAUCUCCUUCCGCAUCCAAAAUGUCCUAAUUACCAUGCACAUUGUACACUAGGUGCAGUUUCUCAGGCAUGACAUGUAAUGGUACGAUUCUCUUGCCAUUUGCACAACAUGGAAGUUUCAUAGAGGUUUCAUUUUUAAGGAUUUCCUCAGUUUCAAUCUUAUCCCUAUUGAGAACUGGUGAAAAAAUGAUCAUCUGACCCUCUGUAUUCUCCUCUUACCACAGAGAGGUUCAGCAAAACUACCCCGUCUGCUCUGGGUAAGUUCCUAUUGUCUGUUAAAUCUCUUCUCGGUCAUUGUAAUCUGGAAUUCACCACACUGCCUGGUGGGGAACUGGAAGCAGAUUCAGUAGGAACUUUCAGAAGCUGAUAAAUACUUAAAAGGGAAUAACAUUGUAGGGGGCUAUGGGAAAAGGGCCCCCUUCCAUAUUGUGCAAUUCUGUUUCUGAAUGUGGAUGUUAGAGUCCCUGUGCAAUAUGUGCUAAGUAUGCAUUAAUGUGUUGCAUCCUGAUCCCAGUGUGUGAUUAGUGGCGUUACUACAUUCCUCCUGCUUUCACAUAAGCAACCUGAAGGGCAGCUGUUUAUCUUCCCCAGUGCUGCUGCUUCCUCCAGCCAUUGAGAGCAACUUGACUUGCAGUCUUUUUGGGGGAAUAUUCACUCAAUCAGUAGACAGUGUUGAGCUCUUUGUCAGUUGUGCUGUUGUCUUAUAGGAGUGAUGCGUGAAGCCCCGCGAUCCAUUAUAGAAACAUGCUAGUAUCUGAACUGAGAAAGAGUCAGUCAGGUUUGUGUUUGAUGAAACAGUUCUGUUGAACAGAAUGUGUUAACCAAAUCACCAGCCAGUAGGUGUCACUAAGUAGGUUAGUAAAUGUUCUAAAUGCUGCUGACUUUUAAUGAGGAGAAAGGACUUCCAUUUAUAUAGCACCUUGCUUGUUCUAAAAACUUCACAAAGCUGCUUGCCCCCAGUCAAUGACUUCUGAAGGGUGGAGGUUCCUGUUCUGUCAGGAACCCCACAAGCAGAAUUGAGAUGGCUAUACAAGUUAUUUUUGGUGCUGUUUGAUAAAUGGAGGCCAGGAUACUAGAGAGAACAUCUUUACUCUUUCUUCCCAAAUUAGUGCCAUAGGAUCUUUUACAUCCAUCCACGUGGGCAGCUGGGGUCUGGUUUACAUGCUGAAGCCUCUGGAGUGGAACCUGAAUCUACAGCCUGACUGGUGCACAGCAAAAUGUCCAGAGAUGUAGUUGAAUGGUGGUAAUGUCUUCUAGUUGCAGUGUGUAGAAUCAUUGGAUCUUUUUGAGUUGUUAGUAAAGGGUUCAUACUUUUCUGCCCUCUUUGCCCCAACACUGGCUGCUGCAGACUAGGUCAUGUGACUUGCUUCUCACACUCCCUAAUGAUACAGUUCUGUCACAUGCUCCAAAGAAUGUCUUCGGGAGUUUUGCUGCAUCACUUCUGACACCUGUAUCCACUCACCCACAAUCCUUUGUACUGGUGCUGACAUAUAAACAUGUUACAGACUGGAUUCACAGGCAUGAGAAUUACAAUACAGUGGUUUUGUUGCUGAGUUGUCAUUUCAAGAGAAAGCACAGUUAUCUUGUCACCUGUGCAUGUGUUUUCAUGACGGCAUGUGUGAAAAUAAACUUUGAAAAUUGAAA